UUGGAGAUCUUGAUUAUAAUGAAGAAACUCUAAAGAUUGCAUGAAAACUCAAAAAUAUAUUAUAUCAUGUAAAAUGCUCUUCAUGCAUCGGAUUUGGGUAAAUAUCAAAAGCAAAAAGAAGUGUAAAAUCAAUGAAAAGUAUAGAUAUGCUACUCUAAAUAUCAAAAAGAUUUUCAAGAGUUUUAGACUGGUGGUUCUAGAAACUAGGUGAGUAGAUUGAACUAAAUAAAGGAUUAUCCAAAUACAAAUUGAUUCACUAAGUUUAUUUUUGGUACUUUCACAUAAAAUUGUUGAGAUUAGGUGACUCGAGAGUGAUAUAAAAAUUAAAAGUGGAUGUUGAGAUAAAGCAUCAUAGCACAAGAAAAUGUAAAAAUUAUCUUAAUACCCCAGAAUCGACUUUCAUCCAUCUUCCAUGCAACUUUUACAAAAGAGUUUAAAACACCCUCAAAGGUUCAAAUUCAAAGAUACGACAAAAAUUGUUAUAAAAUUUCAAACUCAUCUCCUCCCUUUCUACCUUGCAUACCCCCUCUAGAUCAUCUAUUUCCCUCAAAAUCCCCAAUCUCACCUCAAUCCUAACCUCCACCAACCCUCUCUAAAAUUCAAAAAAAUCCAAUUUUCCCCCUCACCCCCAAAACCCCCAAAAAUCCCAAAUUCCUCCCAAACAGACACUUUCUCAUCUCAAAUU